UUGGAAACCGUGCCAAAGGAUCUUCGAGGAUUGCGAGCUUGUUUAGUUUGCUCGUUAAUAAAGACAUUUGAUCAGUUUGAAUAUGAUGGCUGUGACAACUGCGAUGAAUUUUUAAGAAUGAAAAAUAACAAAGACAAUGUCUAUGACUGCACUAGCAAUAAUUUUGAUGGAAUGAUAGCUGUUAUGAGCCCUGAAGAUAGUUGGGUGUGCAAGUGGCAACGCAUUAGUCGAUUCUGCAAAGGAGUUUAUGCCAUAUCAGUGUCUGGCAGACUACCAGCUGGGGUCAUCAGGGAAAUGAAGAGCCGUGGCUAUGUGUACAGACCCAGGGAUACGAGUCAAAGAUAAAUUAUAAUACCUCUUUAAUAUUAAGUAAUUAUAAUAAUAAAACAUUAUACUUAU